AUGUUUUUAAAUGACAUUGGGCAGCCUUUAAUAUUGCAGAGAGGUAAAGAAUAUGGCAUAUUCGACGAGCACCGUGGAGCGUUGCUCUUAUCAUCAGCUGCCUUCAACGAUCCUGUAAUUCCCCAAAAUUGGUGCAAAUACAUUGUAGGAUCUAAGCAGGAAACGCUUUGGCUAUUUAUUUUCAGCUUUCCAGAGGACUGCAUUCAUAAAACCCUCAAGCCAAAUAAACCCACUCAAAUAGUUUACGAUGAAACGGAGAUUACCAUUACGUUGAUUCCAGGGGGAAAAUACGAAAAUGGCUUGGAAUCGCGGUUAUUCUAUAUAGACAAUGGUAUUGCAAGAUAUCUGAUUGUGGACCAGCUAUCCGGUUACAUGGACUUUUUGCCCAAGGCCCAUGAAUCCUUUCACAGUGGACUUAGUCAGGGAAUCGAUGUCCUUUACGUAGACGAAGGUCUGCUAGGCGAGACCGACUUGAAUGAGGAUCUCUACUGUUUGGUGGACCUGAUAAAACCAAAGUUCAUUUACGGUUUGCGGCAGGGGAAACUGCCCAAGUGGCUGCUCGAUCUUCGCCAGAUCAGGGAUGUUCAUAUAUAACAAAUAAAAGCCAGCGAAUGUACAGUACAAAAUGAUGCAUUUAAAACAAAAGACCUGUUAACAGUCAAAUAAAAUCUAUCUAAGAGCUACU